ACAUCUCUCUCGCUCUUUCUCUCUUUAAUUUGUGAGUUUAAGUUAAGAAAAUGGGGUUUUCACUGAAACAAGGUUGUACUCUACUCUGCAUUUUCAUGGUUCUGCCAGCUGCAUUCUGCUACACCCAAACUUAUCCUUCCAAGGCAACCUAUUAUACCACACCUGAUGGCAAAGGAACUCCAACUGGAGCUUGUGGGUAUGGGCAAUAUGGAAGAAACAUCAACGAUGGUUUAGUCUCCGCUGCCUCAAGCCGCCUCUAUCGUUAUGGUGCUGGUUGUGGCGCUUGUUACUUGGUGAGGUGUAAGGAUGAAACAUUAUGUAACAAAGAGGGAGUGAAGGUGGUGAUCACAGACAAUGGAGAAGGCCCCGGAACUGACUUCAUUCUCACCCACAAUGCCUACGCCGGACUGGCAAAACCAUAUGCCGCUAAGGAUCUCUUUGCACGGGGCGUAAUCGACGUCGACUACGAAAGGGUUUCUUGUGGGCAUGGCAAGCUGAAGAUCAAAAUUCUUGAGCAGAGCAACUAUCAUGGAUAUCUUGCUAUUCUCCCCUUCAAUCAGGGUGGUGCCAAUGACAUUCUUUCCAUUGAGGUCUAUGAGAAAGCAAGCUACAAAUGGAUACCAAUGAGACGUUCAUAUGGGACAGUGUUUGACUUGCAAAACCCACCAAAGGGAGAGCUUAAACUCAGGUUCUUAGUCAGCGGCCAAAAAUGGAUAGAGUCCAAAAAGGCUAUCAUUCCUGAUUAUUGGAAGGCUGGUUCCACCAUUGACACUGAUAUUCAGCUCCCUUGAAGAAAUUCCAAUUUAAUUCAUACCAAAUUUGUGCCCAAUAAAUUCAUGUAAUAAUAUUUAUUUCUUAAUAAAUAAUCAUAAUAAAAAUAAAAAAUAAAAGUAGUGUUAA